CAACGACGCGGUGACAAUGCUCCACCGUGCGUUGUCAGCAGCGCCGCGCACGAGACCUCUUCUUCAUGCGGCUUUCUCGACCGCUAGCUCCCGAUUCCCCGAUCUCAUUACGGGUGACCCGUACAACAACGUGAGCGAGGCGAUUGCUUCGAAAGUUGGAAUGAACUUGCAUCGACAACCAAACCACCCGCUUAACAUCAUCAAGACGAAAAUCGCGACAUACUUUGACGACUUGCAUGCAAAUGGCCAACCCAAAAUGCACUUGUUUGACAACCUGUCGCCCGUCGUUUCGGUUGCUGAUUGCUUCGACCACAUGCUGAUCCCCGAGGACCAUGUGUCUCGCCGACCAACUGACACGUACUACCUCAACCCGACGACGUUGCUUCGCACUCACACGAGUUGCCACGAAGUGCCGUUGAUGAAGCAGGGCAUCAAAAACUUCCUCGUCGCUGGCGACGUCUACCGUCGCGACGAGAUCGACGCGAGCCAUUACCCCGUGUUUCAUCAGAUGGAAGGACUUCGCUUCUUCCCCGAGCUGAGCCGGUCGAUUCCGUACGAUGCCCGCGUCGCGCUUGUCCAGGAGCACCUCAAGACGACGCUAGAAGGCAUGGUCGAAUCGAUUUUCGGCAAGGUCGAGAUGCGCUGGGUCGACGCGUACUUUCCAUUUACGGAUCCAUCGCUCGAGCUUGAAAUUUACUUUGAAGGCGAGUGGCUCGAAGUGCUGGGAUGUGGCGUGCUGCAGCGCCAAAUUGCCGAACACGGCGGCGUCGUCGACGAAGUCGGGUGGGCAUUUGGCCUCGGAUUGGAGCGACUGGCCAUGGUCCUGUUCGACAUCCCUGACAUUCGGCUCUUCUGGACCACAGACGCGCGCUUCUUGUCGCAAUUCCAAGAUGGUGUGAUCUCCAAGUUCAAACCGUACAGCAAGUACCCGCCUUGCUACAAGGACGUGAGCUUCUGGCUGCCGCCCGAGUUUCACGAGAACAAUUUGUUUGAGGUCGUGCGCAAUGUCGCGGGGGACAUGGUCGAACAGGUCGUACUCGUGGAUGCGUUCACCCACCCAAAGACGCAGCGCUCCAGCAAGUGCUUUCGCAUCACGUACCGCCACCUGGACCGCAACUUGACCAACGAAGAAGUCGACGACAUCCAGGUGGUUGUGCGAGACGCCAUGGUCAAGGAACUCGGCGUGGAGCUGCGAUAAGGCCGGCCUGGCCCAUUUAGGACGGCCAGAGACUGAACCGUAAUCGAUCGCUGCUUCCGUGCCACAAUGCCUUCAUUCUACCCUUCCU